AUGGCAGUACUUUCUUUUCAGGAGGGCCUGGUGCUCAAAGUCAUUCUUUUCUAUGCCCUGGCCGUGAUCACAGGGGCAACGCAGUGUUAUUAUCCGAACGGUACACCAGCUGACGGGGAUAUUCCUUGUCUUGGGGAUGGAACGGCGAGUGCCUGUUGCGGCCCAGACGCCAUCUGCCUGUCGAAUGGACUGUGUCUAGCUAUCGAACAACCAUUCGGCCUUUCGCGCGGGAGCUGCAGCGACUCGACAUGGCAAUCCGACAAGUGUCCUCAGUAUUGCGGAAUGGCCUAUGGACCUGCCGGUGGAACAUCACUAGUACUCUUGAACAGUACGGGCUCGGAUUCAUACUACUGCUGCAACUCUGUUGUCGCCGAUGACAACGUCGCAACCUGCAGCAACAGCAUAACUGGCGAUCCCGCAACACCCUUCAAAGUGAGCAACGCAAAAAUCGUCCCCGGUGUGGCCGCCCUGUCCGACUUGGUCAAAAAGUCGAAAUUGUCGAAUGCCACCUCCGAUGCAGCCCAUAUCACGAUUGAAACGCAAAACCAAACGGAACCAACAAACCACGCCGCGAAUUCGAGCGCAACAGUGCUCAAUCCCAACAGCAAUACAUGCGACUCGAACAACGAUGUAGCAAUUGGGGCUGGCGUCGGCGUUCCUCUUGGUCUCCUGGCGAUCGUGUUCCUCAUCUGGGCCCUGUGGGAGCGGAGAAAGAGAAUGCAGGCUUUGGUAGCGAUCAAGAGCUCUGAUUCUCCUGACAUUAUGCGUGAGCUUCCUGCAUCUAUUCCGGUUCCAACAGCAGAGCUCGAGAGCGUUACCGGAAGCUGCAGCAGAACAAACGAUUCAUACCACAAUAGAUCAUACCGUUGA